AGAGCAAGUUAGAGCCGUCUGUGAUUGCUUCCAUCUUCGGAGCUUCGUAUCCAGUCUUUACCUUCCAAACUAGCAGCCUCAGAUUGAUACAAACGAGAAACUUCAACCUGAACAGAACUUUUGAUUGGAUUUUGUCUUAAAGAAACUAUGGCUGAAUUAAACCUGGGUAUACUGAUAGAUGUUGUGGAUGAAGAAUGGAUGAAAGACACUCUUCCUGAUGACGAUCUUCCCCUGCCGCCUAUGCUGGUUAUAAGGACUGAUGACACUGAGGAUUCAAACCAGGAGACUCGCAAAGUUGAUGGAGAUACUUGGAAUGAUCUUGCCUUAGGAUCUCAAUAAAUUUUCUGGUAAUAGAAUCUUAUUCUAUUUAAGUCCGUGCUUGGUUCAAAGUAAUUGAGCUAUUGUCGUAUGGAGAUUUAUGUCUCUAAUUGGGUCAUGAAUAUCAUAUAGAUUUGUUGGACCUAUGGUUUUGGAGGCUAUGUUACUUGCCUGAAGUUGAUUGUGUAACACUAAUUAUGUAUGUAAAUUUAUGAGCCGGUAGUAACCCAUUUUGUAUGUCAUCAUUUUUCCUUCAAA